UAUAAGGUUACCGUGUGAAAAAUAUUAACUGCAGAACUAGUCUCUUGUCUCAACUUCCGGCUUCAAUUUUAUUUCUAGGAAUUUUUGUUUUGCUCUGAAAUUGGAUUACAAGACAAUUUUAAGAUGUCUCACACCAUUAUGUUAAUUCAACCUAAUCCGAAACCAGAAACUCGAACUUAUUCAGAUUAUGAAUCCCUGACUGAUUGCCUUGAAGGAAUUUGCAAAAUCUAUGAAGAACAUCUGAAGAGGAUGAACCCAGCUUGUCCUUCCAUCACAUAUGAUAUUAGUCAGUUGUUUGAUUUUAUUGAUGAACUCACUGAUCUGUCAUGUCUUGUAUUCCAAAAAUCUACUGGGACUUAUGUUCCACACAACAAAGAGUGGAUGAAGGAGAAAAUCUAUAUAAUGCUGCGGAAACAAGCUGGAUCAGGUUAAAGCAAGCAGAACCACACUAUCUCUGUUCAUUUUUAUUUCAUCAUUUUUUUUUUUUUUUUUUUGAACAAAUGAAAAAAAAUUAUUCUGCAGUUAGGCAACUAUUUAACAUUUAGAUACCUUUGUCAUAUUGACCAUUUUUCAUAUCUUAGCUAUGUCAUAUUUUUAUGAUAACUAACAUCUCAAAUAUCAUGUUAAUUCAUGGCUUUGAUUGGUUCUAUGAAAGUCAGGCCUCAUAUAAAAGAAAACUUUGAUAUUGAGAGAUAUUUGCCUCUUUUGGAAUUAAAUAGCAAAUAAAUAUUUUUUAAUAAGACUAAAAUAUAUUGCUAUGGUGAAGCUAUCCAGCAGAAAUCUCAGCAAUGCGUGGCAAAUAUCCUUAAUAUUGUUAUAAGGUGUGUAUCAGUUUGUGGAAUUUUUGACAUCCAUCUGGAAAUAUUUUGUAAACAGUCUGUUCCCAUCUCUUACAUUUCAUGUUUCCAUAACAAUGGAUGAUUAUUUUAAAUUUACAGAAAACUCAUGUUUCAAAAAUAUCUGAAUAAAAGUAUUUCUAAAAUA